AUGGUGGAUUAUUACAAAGUCCUCGGACUGCAGAAAAGCGCCUCUCAGGAUGACAUUAAGAAAUCCUACCGCAAACUGGCACUGAAAUGGCAUCCUGAUAAGAACCCCAACAACAAGGAGGAGGCUGAAAAGAAAUUCAAAGCAGUUGCCGAGGCAUACGAGGUCUUGUCAGACCCUCAGAAACGAUCUCUCUAUGACAGACCUGUUAAGGAUAUCAGGUGCCAAGGAGGAAGAGGUGCUGCAGGGGGACGUAACCCUUUCGAUUCCAGUUUCAUAUUCCGUAGCCCCGAGGAGAUCUUUAGAGAAUUCUUCGGAGGGUUGGAUCCCUUCUCACAUGAUUUCUGGGACAACUCAUUUGACAGCCAAGGUGAAAACAGACACAGAACAAGUGGCAGAGGAAACGGUCUCAGCUUGUUUCCUGACUUUAUGCGGUCAUUCAUAUCAUUCAAUUCCUUUGGCCCCAGUGAGCAGACCGCCUUCUCCUUUGGUGGGGACGCAGCUGGGUCACACACUUUCAGAUCAGUCUCUACCACUAGCGAAGUGAUCAACGGCAGGAGGAUCACAACCCGGAAAAUCAUUGAGAACGGGCAGGAGAGAACAGAAGUGGAAGAAGACGGUCAGUUGAAGUCUGUAAAAGUAAAUGGGAGAGAACAGCUGAAAUGA